UGGCAGGGGUUUGGAGAUUCAUGAUCCUUGAGGUCCCUUCCAACCCUGGCAAUUCUGUGAUUCUGUGGUUCUCUUUCAUGGUGCCAAUGUUGGAACAGUUGGCAAAAACUGGUCACUGAUCUCCCUUGUGUUCUCUGGAUCACAGAUCUUGACUAAGUGAUUUCCUUGCUGCUUGGUGUGGGCAUUGAGUCAGGGCUGCUCUGCAGAAGGCAGCGUUGCUACCUGUAAUUCCACAUUCCCUCAAAGGCUCAUGGAUGAAUACCUGCUGCUGAGAGAGGAUUUAAUUAAGGAACUGGUCACUCUGGUGUAGCUUUUUAGAAAGUGGGAGCUCCUUGAUGUAGUGUGGUGCUAUACAAGUGUUACGAGGCUUGAGGAGGAGUGAAAAACAUGUAUUUGUUGUUCUUGCAUCAUGAUCUUACCUUUUGCCAUGUGUUAGAAGGCUCUUGAAGAAAAGUCAAUAAAACACAGGCCUUCAUUGUGCUCUGGUCAUGAGCUGAGCUGGCAAAGCUUUGUUAGCUUGAAAUUAAAGUGAGUCUUCAUUAGAGGUCAGCUGUGAAGUGCCAGAAAAGUGGAAUUCAUGAGUGAUCACAAAGUGGAGCUUUGAGUGGAAAAAUUGAGAGUUGUUUCUCUUAGCUGCUUUGAAGCUAAUCAGUGAGGUGCAAGGCAGAAUUGCAAAGCAGAGUGGAUUUAUCACUUUGAAACCACUGCAAAACAUACAACUUCCUUUCUAUUCUGUAAGCCAGUGCUUCAGUUUGUUCCCUUUUUUCUGCGCUUGUUAAUUCUGAGGUCUUGUCUUCUAGAUCUAAUGACAGUAACAAAAGGCAAAGGACAGGUUUUCUUUUCCUGAAGCUAAGUCCACAGAAGAGAUCUGACUGUUCACACUCAAGGACUUUUCAUUUCCUUAGAACACAUCUUUAUCUGGAAAAUCAGUACAUGUGCUGGUGGUGUGAUGCCAGCUGAGCACAUGGACCUCUUCUUACAGAAACAAAGCCUUCCUGUAGUCUGGCCUCUGGUGGGAGGAGAAAAUGCUGUCCAGGCAACGGCCCUACAGCGUGUGAGCUGAUUGCUCCCCUGUUCUGGUUGUGCCAGAGCUGUCUGAGCACCUUCAGCAGGGCAGGACGGCGCAUCGGAAGCGUGGCUGGACUGGCCGAGCCACUUAAGGCUGCAGGAAGUAACGUAAUUAAUAAGACUUAGCUCUCCCACAUCUUGUACCCGACAAUCUCAAGUCACUUGACAGUGCUAAUUAAAGCUAAUCACGCUCCUCUGUUUUUAGUAAAUAGCUAUUAUCCCCACUUCACUCUUGCUUUAAUGAAUGGCAGUGUCAGGCGAUGUGAAUCACUGGCAGUGGUGGGAAUGCAACCAGUGCAUGAUGCCUUCCUGUCCUUGGGCCUGCCUGCAUGUCUGCCUGGAUGUGGCUUCUCCACGCCUGUUCCAGCACUGUUACAGCACAUUAGAAGGUGGGAUGUCCUGCUGACUCACAAAAAUAUAUAUAUAACUUUUCACCUGACUGUGGUUGCCCUCGUGCAGAACUGAUCUCCCCAGGUCUUGCUAAGGCUAUUAAAAGUUGGAAAAGUUGAGGAUGCUUUGAGUUUGCCCUUCAGAGGAGGCUUUGAUCCUCUGAGGGGGAAGGCAGAGCAGUGUCAGAACUGCACUCUUGCUUCUCCUGUUUCACGUUGGCAGCGACUUCAUUAUGAGGAGAAAAAUGUAGUGUGGUGUGACCUAGGGAUUGCACAGCUCAGCCUCAGAACUCUGCAAGAGUUAAAUUUCACCAAUGAAAUGUUAGUAGAGGAUGGCUCAAACAACAUGGUAUUAAAAAAACAGAUUGUCCAGCCUCACAAAAAAAGAGUUAAUAAUUAACUAUGAAAAAAAAAAAAAAAUUAAUGAGAAUCCCAGGAACUCCCGGCAGAAGCAUUUGUCUGUAGGCAUGGAACUGUGAGAGGCGAGUCAGCUCACAUACCUUGGCAGCACUGUGCAGGCUGGUGAGGGAUAUCCAGGAAGAACUAAACCACAAACUGGUAACAGCUGACUUGACCAUUUAAACUCAGUUCAGUUAUAAGGUGUCUGUUGUGUGUGAGGAGUGGAGCUGUAAAUCUUCACCUGUAUUUUCUCCCUUGGCAUAGGUACUUUGUGCUGUCAGUGGAAAUGUGAGCUAGAAGAGUGAUGACUGAACUGCCAUGGAAAAUAUGUACCUCAUUAAUGUGGCAGCUGUUGCAUUGAAGAAAGAAGGAGGUUGGUCAGAAUUUGGGUUGUUAUCCUUUGUAUUAGUUAGAAAAGGAGGUCUGGUAAAAAGUAAAGUCAUUGACUCUCCCAUAGCACAUGCUUCUGGGCAGUGCAGACCAAAGUGAUGGAGCCCUCUGUUGUGUAGGAUGCUAUGUAUGCUUAACUUUAGCAGAACAUAAUAUCCUCCACGUGCUGCCACUGUGUUGAACACAUAGCAGGAAGAUGGCUGUGGAUUGAGAGCUGCAUCUUGCUGUGUGCAUGAGCCAUGACUGCUCCCUUGCCCUGCUGCAUUGGAUAUACCUGGCCAGUUUGGAGGAAGGAUUCCAUCCCUCAGGGUGGGAUGCUGGCAUGACUUUUCUUGAAAUGUAAAGGAGGAAAUGGAGUCGUUUGUGUUUUAAAUGAGUUCAGCGUGCAGUUUUUAUUUAUUCGUGGCACAAGUGGGAUUUGCUGGUAGGAGCAGAAAUGCUGGCUUGUUCCAAAUCUGUCCAGGCUGCCGUGCUGCUUUUCUGCAUCUAUGUGUCCUCCUCCAGCUUGGCAAAGUGAUGCUGGCAUCUGUUGUGACUGAUGGUGGAGCUCAGCCAUGACUGGUACCUGCCAGGCGCAGGUGGGCAGCGUGCAGCUCUGAUGCCUGCAGUGCUGCCUGUCCUCAGCAGCGCAGGCUCUUCUGCAUUGCAAAGAUGCUGCUGCCAGGCAACUCGCAGGCAAGUGGGAUGAGAAUUCAGGCAGAAGUGUCAGUCGUUCUCCUGGCAGAGGCUGAGCCUUGCAGUCUGUGUGCAUGGCGUUUCAGAGGCAGGCCCACAAACGGUAGCUAAUUUUGAAGGCAUCCCUGUAAGAUGAUGUCUGUCCUGGCUGUCCUGCAUCUUUUUGAACUGAUGAAAUUGUAGAGAAGCAUUUUUCUGGAUUUUUUUUUUUUCCCCAGAUUUAUUUUUCUCCCUUGCUUUUCGUUAGGAUGCCCAUAGUGUAUUGGAUUGGGUUGUUUUGAACAGGGUGCAUUGUCCUCUUGUGCAGGGAGAGAUGAGUUAGCAAUUCUGAUGCUUGGUGGGCCUGAAUGGGCUGAGUUCAGCCCCAGCACUGUAAAUAAAUCCAGCAAGUUCUCCUGCUAGUCUGCAGCCACAUCUUUACAGUGUCUUGCUGAGAUACUUUAACCUGUUCCUUUUGUUUCCAGUCAGUUGUGAGCUGUAGCUUAAUGCAAGAAAGCUUCUGCUGAGAAUGCAGCCAUCCUCUGGAACUGCUUGUAGUGACAGCACUGCACUUGAGCUCCUGAAAAUGCACUGAUGUGGAUGUUGGCUGCUUUUAAACCUUUUUUUUUUUUCCUGUUUAAUUUGAUUGAAUCUCCAAACUAGCAAAAGGUAAAUCAACUAUUUAAAGAGCAAUUUAAAAAUCUAUUUUCUUUUCCCAUAAAUUACUUUCGUUUGUGGAUGAAGAGCAUUAGUUUGUACAGUAACAAAGCCAGACAGACUUUGUGGCGGUGGGGGGGCUGGGGAGGGGGAAUUAACCUAAGUGAGAUGUGAAGAUUUGCUGUUUGCUCCUUUGAUUGGUACAACUGUGAUGUUGUUUUUAGCGUGGAUAGCAGAGCUGUAACUGAUGCUUUUCCUGACGAGCUGUGUGGAACAUGGCAGUUGCAGCAUGGUUUGUGUGCCCGUCCCUGAUCCAUGAUGGCAAGGUAGCAUCUGACUGCUGCUUUCUGUAUCUCUUCUGGAUGCCCUCUAGUGGUUACGUGCCGGUUGUCUGCAGUAUUUUUGGUGUCAGUGUGGUGUAUUUCCAUCCACCUCUGCAGAUGCUUUUUCUCAGCGUCACAGAGUGCUUCCUGAGGUGAGGACUGUCUCCAGGCUGUGGAUGAGGGAGCCAGGGCCCUCAGAGAUGAGUGUUUCAUGGGGAUGUGCCCAGAGGGAUAACACGAAUGAAGUUUAUUUUAUUUUGAAGGUGAUCUAAGAGAGAAGCCUUCUCUGUCCUGUUUCUGUAGUGCAAUUCUGUGCACGAAUCUGAACAAAGUAAAGGUAAAUGUAGUCUGUUGCUUCACUGUUGCUUUCCUUUCUCCGUAGGCUUGCAGAGGUUGGAGGAUGAGCUGGAGGAACACAGGCAUUAGGAGAGGACACUUACAGUUCAUGUAUCAGUAAUGACUUCUGUUGACCCUGGCAGUACUGCUGGUACUUCUUACCAAGAGUUUGAACUUGGUGCAUUUCAGAUACUGAAGAAGUAGGGGAGUGUUACUUACCCCCAUAUUUUACUUAAGUGUCUUUUAUUGUUUUUUCCAUCGUGUUCCAUGUUUAAUUUCAAGAUGAUCACCCUUUUUUUCAGGGCCUUUGACUACAUAUAUGAUCCCUUGCUAUCUUCAGAUCUGGCUUCAACUUUCCAAAGCUGUUGCUGACCUAUGCUGUGGUGUGAAUCUCCCAGACCGCCCCAGGAUCCUCACUGCAGAACUGCAUCAUCUGAGUGCAAAGGCUCCCAGCUCUGCCAGCUCUCUGGAGCUUCAGCAUCUGCUCUCCUGACAUUGAUCCUGCAGGAAUGGGAGAACCCAGCCUUCCCUCUUACUGUGUUGUGUUAGAGACCAGCCUCUCUCAAGAUGCAGUGCAUUAAGCAUUGUUCAGGUCUUUGUGAAACCCUCCGUUCCUUAGACCUGAAUCUCUUCCUCUGAAGCUGUCACCAGCGUGUGGAGCCUGCCCCACACCCAACCCCUGCCAAACCACGGCCUUUACCUGUGUCUUCCGGUGUUUCCCGUGUGACCCAUCCUGCGGCAGUGCCUCCUGGGCUACCCCGGAGUUCACGCAGCGCUCGGUGGCUCCAAUGGUGAAGAUGACAAGGUCCAAGACUUUCCAGGCAUAUCUGCCUUCGUGCCACAGGACCUACAGCUGCAUUCACUGCAGGGCUCAUCUUGCUAACCAUGAUGAACUCAUUUCCAAGUCCUUUCAAGGAAGCCAAGGACGAGCGUACCUCUUCAAUUCAGUAGUUAAUGUGGGUUGUGGCCCUGCAGAGGAGCGGGUGUUAUUAACAGGAUUACAUGCGGUUGCAGACAUUUACUGUGAAAACUGCAAAACCACACUGGGCUGGAAAUAUGAACACGCUUUUGAAAGCAGCCAGAAGUAUAAAGAAGGCAAAUACAUCAUUGAACUAGCUCACAUGAUCAAGGAUAAUGGCUGGGAUUGAACGGAGGGAGCCCAGCCCUACCAGUGUGUAAGAGAAUGCCAUCCAACCGAACAUUAUAUCCAAGAGUGAGAGAGUGACUGAACGCUUGGUUCCAUGCAUUUAGAGGCUCUGCAAUCUGGGAGCAUCUUCACACCCUUCUCCAUCUUUAUUGGUGACUGGCCUCUAAAUUUCUGUCUCUCUGUCUCUUUGCUUUGUAUCUGUUUGUGAGUUGACCCUGGCUGCUUCUCUCUCUGUUCUGGCGUUGGCUAAGAGAAUGCACCGAAUGCCCGACAGCCAUUCCAUGUUGACGAAUGCUUACGUACGAACUGAAGUUGGCUCUGUGGUGGCAUUUUUAUCAGCAGGUCUCGGUGCAGGAGGAAGACCUGAGUUUUGGGUAGGAGAACGCGAUAGGGGGUGGGGAGUGGGCCCAGAGGGAGGUCAUUGGGAGUAAAACUGCACUUCUCCUUUAAGUCCUGGUUAACCAAGGCUUGAAACUGUCUGCUUGUCUAAAUGGACAGAAAAAUACCUCACGGCUGCAUUCUCUCCGAAGCAUAAAACUGCUGCUCCACUGGUGGAGCUUCAGUCUAAGCUGGCUGAGCACAAGACAUAACCAGUUCUCCCUGCGAGUCGCAGAUCUGUGUUUUGUUUGCUGUUUAUGAACUUGUUGUCUAGGGGGGAGGGAGGGGAGAUCUGAAGGCUGGAGAGAUUCCCUGCCUCUCCUUUUUCUCUCUGUUUCAGGGUAGGUAGGCCAAACGUCCCAACAGAGCACAGCUGUGGGAGCAUCCUCACAGCUGGAGAAACCAAAUCCUGACACUUGAGCCCUUCAGAGAGAAGGAAAAAACCACUUAAGGCACAAGGAGGCUGGAGCUGAAGCUUAGAAGAUACAACAGGAAAAAAAAAAACGAAGGCAGGUGCUAAGUAAGAAAGAGGAAAUUAUGUCAGAGAGGAUGGGGACAAACUCAGUAACGUAGGGUACCCUUUGACUUCCUGUACUCCACUGGGUGUCCUUGGGGUUUUUUUUAUCAAGCCUUCACGAGUAAAAGUAGGAAAGUGCUGUUAGAAUAUCUUUCAGUCCCACGCCCCAGCCAUCAGCUCUGCUUUUGGAACCUUUCAGAGAAAUGUUGUGAGAGGGGGGAAAGGAGGGAGCGGAGGAACCUGACAGUUUAGCAGUAUUGCACAGGUGGAUAUUUCAAGCCAUGAGCUAUCCCCCAAACCUUCCCCCCUUUUCCCACUCCCUAAAGCCUACUGGAGGCACAGGGGAGACGAGAAGGAAAAAGGAAACUAAACUAUCUUUCCUCUAUCCCGAAAUUGUGCUCUGGAGUUUAAGUGGGAGAGGUGGAUGUGGUUAUUGUAACUGCAAAGGAUAAGUCCUUUGCUGUGAGGUUUUUCAGACUGAUGAGUGUGGACCUUCCCGAGGUGAUGGGUGGGGAAGGAGCACCGUGUGCGAGCAGGGAGCUGCGUUAGAUGUAAAAGACAAUGUGAAGUUUGCUCUGCAGCAGUCCAGCCACUGUCUGGUGCACGGCUCAAAGACUGUUGAACCGAAUUAGUGUUAUCUCUCUGAGUGAAUUUUCUUUUUGUUUGUGGAAUUCUUUCAAGUAGGUUAAUCCACUGGGGGAAAUCUUUCUUAAUCCAGAAAGAAAGAGUAUUGUGCAGGGGUUUGUAGCUCCUUAUGAAACCGAAGCUUUGGAGCUGUAAUCUCUUGUUGCUUGUCCCCACCCCGAGAUCCCGUGAGCUGGGGACCAGAGUGGAGGGGCUGGCAACAAAAUCAUGUGCUGUUCAUGAAGGAGAUGUGAGCAGAGAUGCUGCUUAUGGGUUGGGGUAGGCUUUACGUGUUGGACCGAAGCCCCAGCCUGCUGGCCUGUCAGAGCAAAAGCUGCUUUUCUCUUGAACCACUAUUUUGUGACAGCGCGUUGUUACACCUGGCAGGGGAAGGUGAGCUGAAGGCUGCUGGAAUGGGUGGAAUUGGCUCAUUUUGUGGCUAGCCUGUUCAGAGAUAGCUUCUGCCUUUACCCUUUCUGUUGUGGUUGUGUAGCGGUUGCUUCAGCUUUCAUUUCUGAUCAUCUCUGCUUCCAUCAUCCACAUUGCCUUAAGCGGUAAAAACCCAGAUAAAAUCACAAGCUCUGCAGUAGCCACCAGCUUGUUGGCACUGGCCUGGUCCCAUUGUCCUGUCCUUUGGUUGUUGAUCUGUGACAGUCGAUUGGGUUUUGCCUAGUGGGAAGUAAUUUGCAUUCUUCAAAGAGCUCCUGGUCUCCCGCAUGCACAGCCCUUGAAGUGCAGUUUGUACCUGGGAGGAGAAGUAAGGGAUAACCCCAAGUUGUUAAUAUGAGGUUGAGAAAAAUCCCGUGCGUGGGCUCACGGUUUUAAGUUGGUAUCACCUCUAAAUAAGAUACCAGAUACAAAUGCUUUUAUCCUUAUAUUUGGGACAAGAAAGGAUGAUGUUCCGUCAAUCAGGCUGUUUUUAACCGUUCCCUGGGGUUACGCUUUUAAUGGCAACCAGUCCAAGCCUGAAUAUGGCAAGAUCUUAAUCUGGUUUUAAUUGGCUUUGUCUCGUCAGCAUCCACAGAUUUACAUUGCCCAGAAUGUGGCCUCAUAUCCCAAUAGGAAAACAUGAGUGUGUGCCCAUGGGAGCCCACACCGUGCACAGAGUCACCCACAGGCUGCCCCAUGGCUUGGAAAGCAGCGUGCUCAGCGUAACCAAAGUCUGCACCCUGUGCUGGGGUUAUGGAUAGCCCACAGAACUGCCCCCUGGAGAAGCAUGGGCUGUAACGUGGGGCAGCCUCAGCCCUGUGAGCUGUGCUUCCAUCAUCCCACGCUGCCCCAAAGCUCAGCUUUCACCGAGUUCCAAAUUCGUUGUGCUCGGGUGGAUUAUCUGCUGUGAGAUCCCCCUCCCUGUAAUAAAUACCUGUAAUAAAUGGUAAUAUAUACAAAGCAGGAAGAAAAAAAAAAAAAAGAAAUCAUGUUAUCUUGUGAAGUGUACUUUUGUAAAUAAUAUUUAAUUUAAAAAUAAUAAUAAUAAUAUAUUUGGUGCCGUUUUCUCAGAGCCCCUCCCUGCGAGCACUUUUCUCGUUGUUUAUAAAUGAUCCCCAUUCCUUCUGCAUCAGUUGGGAAAUACUUUGAGAGGGACACAAACACACACAUGGAUGUUGUUCUGCUGGGCAGCCCUGGAUGCUGGGGAUGUGGGGGUUUAGGGAGAUUUGGGGGCUGGUGGUGGAUGUGGGGGCUGCCCAUGCAGUGCUGGGCAGGGAUGCAUAUGGCUCGGAUGCAGGAGCACAGAUCAGCUGUGAGCUCAGCAUCACCACUUGGAGGUUUGUAAGGAGCUGUUUUUAAACUGAAGGAAGUCUUUGGACACAGAUCCCAGUUUUCUUUUGUUUCGUUUUGUUUUAAUUUGUUUUUAAACCAGGCUGCUACACAAUGAACUAGAGUGCAAGUUUACCUCUCAGGCAGCAGAGUUCGUUUCUUUGUUUUCCCUUCUGUCCCUGUGCCCCCCCCUGCUCCCCACUCUCUGUUUUUAUCUCGUUGGGUCUCUGUUUGAUCCCAAAGCGGACCAACAGCGUGCACAGCUGGGCUGCAUUGCUGAGCAAGGAGCUGCUUCCAGCACUGAACUGCUGCUGCACAGCUCUGAUGCUGGCACACAUCAUUUAAAGACAGACAGGGGAAAAAAAAAAACAAAAAACAAAAAACCACAAAACCUACAGGUGAAACUUGUUGUUCUCGUGGUGAGGAUUUUGUCUGUGUGCAUUUUCCUGCCUGGUGUGUGAGCGUAUGGACAGCACUGUGCUGGCUGGGAGGUGUGCUCUGCUCUGCUCUGCUCUGUUCAGUGGGAAGGAGCUCCCAGCAGGGCCAGGCCUUGGGGGCUGAGCACUCAGAAACAAUGAUGUUACACAUAGAGGCUGAAGAAUCCUGUUUAAAAGAGGGGGGAAAAAAAAAAAAAAAAGAAA